UCUUUCUCUCUCUGUAUGUUAAUUGUGGAGCAGGAAUGGAGAGGGCAAACGACCCCAGAGAUGCUUAGGCUGUUUCAUCCCAUCGGGACCUGAACAGGGAGCACGGGAAGGGACUGUGUGCAGUGUCCCUGCGUUCUGUCGAGACAGAGCAAACGAGGAGUGAUGAAUAGCGUUGUAUAAUGUGCAAACAUCACCACUUAGGAUGGAGGGAGAGUCAUUGGAACAACUGAAGAUGACUGGGUACAGGACACUACCCUGAGGAACUCCUACAGAGAUAUCCUGGAGCCAAGAUGACUGACCUCCACUAACCACAAUCAUCUUGUGGGCCAGCUGCAAUCCAUUAUGACUUUGUCCCUCAGUCACCUAUUCCAGAAGAAGUAAGAUUCACCCGUACCAGCCAUUAGGAUGUCUCAACCCACAGGCAGCAAGGAACACUGGAAACCCUGGGAGUUCUCUGGGAUCAGCCGUCAGGAACUGGCACUGGCAGAAGCUCUUCAGAUGGAGUAUGAUGCCCUAUCGAGGCUUCGGCAGAGUAGUACAACAAGAGACGACAGCAAGUCCAAACAUAUUAACAGCCUGCAACUGAUUUCAUUUGAGGACCCUUUGUUGGAGUACAGCCAAUUGAGGAAUGACUGCAAUACCUUUAAAGGAACCCAUGGUCUGUCAGGGUCAGACCCCGGUCUCAGUUAUAGCAAAGGCCCUUCUUUGUCAAAUCGAGGCAUCGCGUGUUCCUCAACUACCUCAGUUCCCAGGCCACCAAACCCCCAGUGCCAAGAAGACUCAGAAUACCAUUCAUUAUGGAAGGAUGUUACCACAGCCACAACUGCCACCACCACCAAUUCGACCAUCAGUGGCUGCAUACAGCAACCAAUCCGUACAGGACUCUUCACCACUGAGGGGACAUCUUGCCAACGUGGAGAUUAUUCCAUCAUUGACUAUGCUCCACCAAUUCCACCACGAGUUCCUCUAGGUCCCAGUCGAAAUGCCACGUUAACAGAUCAUUGGUCCAAGGGGCAGCCUGGUGAGAGCAUUGAGAAAUUGACCAUACCCAAUGACAUCAAUAUAUUCUCUCCCAACAGUGAUGACUCGAAUGGUAAAAUAGUAGAACCACCAAGUUUUUACUCCAACCAAAGGAUCUCUGAUGAAGAGUUUGAGUUGAUUGACUAUGAUGAUUUGAAUGAUGCCAUAACAAAGCUGAAUUUAAUGUCAACCUAUGGAGAAAAUACAAAGCUGAUAAGAGUUGGCAGCAUUGGCCCCAACUCCAUCUGUAAAAGAAAAGAUAAAAAGGAAGAAACCUCUGGGAAACCCGUCAGUCGAAGUAAGACUCUUCCACCUCAGGUGCCUCCACGGACCUAUAUGUCUAAAUAUGGAAACCAGAACAAUGCUGUCUAUCAGGACAAGAAUCAAAUGGUCUCCAUUGAUCCGAGCACCUUGCAGCAGAAUUAUGAGUCCUGGAACUAUGAGCUACUGGAGGUUUCCGAAGAGAGGAAUGAAGAAGUUGCAGCGUUCUGUCACAUGCUGGAUGUGCUUCGAAGCCGCUACACCUGUGAUGGUGCAGAAAACAUGGGAUUAAUCUGGAGUCCAGUGGUCAUCCGAAAUGACCAACAUGGAGAUGGCAUCAGUGUGAAAGUUACUGUGUCUGCCAGCAGUCUGUCCGAGCCGCUUACAUUCACGUGUGAUGGGGGCUCCACAGUAGAUCUAGUUAUUUAUCAGACUCUCUGUUACAUCUAUGACAACCUCCGUGGCAUAAACGUUGACAACUUUGUCUUGAAGAUAUGUGGUCUGGAAGAAUUUCUACAGAAUAAACACACAAUUGGGAGUCACAAAUAUGUUCAGUUUUGCCGUAAGUUUGAUGUGGAUAUUAAACUCUACUUGAUGGAACUCAAGGCAGUUCGCAAGGACUUGAUGCGUACGGUCAGUGAUGAUCAGAGUCAAUCAACUCUUAACCAUUUCAUACAUCUGCAAGAAAGACCCUUAAAACAGACCAUAACGAGGCAAGCUCUGACCCUCCUCUUUGACACCUAUCAAAAUGAAGUGGAUAACUUUCUGUUGGCUGAGGUCGAUCAUUCACAAAAGGCCGAGAGGGUGGUUCAGUCUGUGAUGGCCAUUUGCAAUGCACUUGCCUUGGUCGAGACACAGGAGAUAACCAAUGCCUUGAAUCAGUUGCCACCCUGUCCCUCACGGCUACAUCCCAGGAUACAGAAGGAUCCCUGCUUGCUGACAGUGAGAGAGAAUCGAGCCAAAAUAGGGGAAGCUUUAACAGCUGCCAUCCUGGAUCUGGUGGAACUCUACUGCAACAGUUUCAAUGCAGAUUUCCACACGGUGGUUCCAUGCCGGAGGGAUGCUCAAACACAAAGUGCCUCCCUUGUUGAUAGUCCCCUCUGUUUUACCAUCUAUGCAGCUCACCGGAUUCCCAUCUCAUGGGCAACAAGUUAUGAAGAUUUUUAUUUGUCAUGUGGCCUCAGUCAUGGUGGGAAAGAGUUGUGUGGUCAGCUGCAGACCAAGAAAGCUCAUGUCUACAAGUACCUGUUCCAUCUUCUUAUAUGGGACCAAAACAUCUGUUUUCCAAUUAAUAUUAAUCAGCUGCCACAAGAGACCCUCUUGACACUGACGCUGUAUGCAUUUCCCGUUCCCCCUCCUGGGACCUCAUCUGAAGGCAACAAACAGCGACGGACAGCAGAAACAAUGGGAUGGGUCACUAUGCCACUUUUUAACUUCAGACAUGUGUUGUCAUGUGGUAGAAAGCUGCUUGGUCUAUGGCCAUCCUGCCAACGAACUAUCCUCACCACACUGACUGCCUGCAAUUUCAUCCAGCCAGACAGUGUCAUCUUACAGAUUGACUUUCCUUCUUCUGCAUUUGAUGUCAAGUUUAUAACUCCUCCCCCAGCGGAAUUCAGUCCCAAGUACGACUUCAGUAGCCUGGAUGAUACAUCACGGAAGCGACUGAAGGAAGUGAUGCAGAAGAAGUCUCUCUUCUGGCUGACAGAAGUAGACAAAAAGUUGCUGUGGGAGAAGCGAUAUUACUGUCACACAGAAUGCAGCUGCCUGCCUCUGGUGCUUGCCAGCGCCCCCAGCUGGGAGUGGGCCUGCCUGCCUGAUAUCUACACCCUCCUCAAGCAAUGGAAUUGUCUCAGCCAUCUGGAUGCUUUGGGUCUUCUUCAUGCUACAUUUCCUGAUCAGGAGCUGCGCCGCACUGCAGUGCAUUGGAUGGAAACAAUGUCCACAUCAGAACUGGUGGACUUCCUACCUCAAUUAGUACAAGCCUUGAAGUUUGAAUGUUACUUGGACAGCCCCCUGGUGAGGUUUCUGAUGCGGAGAGCAAUCUGCGAUGUGAAAAUCGCCCAUUAUUUUUACUGGUUAUUGAAGGAUGCGUUAAAUGACUCUCACUUCAGUGCCCGAUACCAGCACCUUCUUGGGGCUUUGCUGUGCUGUGUUGGAAAGGGCAUGAGGGAGGAGUUUGACAAACAGACCAAGCUAACUCAUAUCCUGGCUAAAAUAGCACAAAAAGUCAGAGACAUUGCUCCAUCUUCACGACAGACUGUACUUCGGGAAAACAUGGAGGAAGUGCAACAAUUCUUCAGUGUUCAGGAUCACUGUCGCUUGCCUUUGAACCCAAGUCUUUUAGCCAAUGGAGUCAAUCCAAGAGCUUGCUCUUUCUUCAAUUCCAAUGCUGUUCCUUUGAAGAUCUCCUUCAUCAACGCAGACCCCUUGGGGGAAAACAUCAACGUGAUUGUUAAAACUGGCGAUGACUUGCGUCAAGACAUGUUAACUCUUCAAAUGAUACGCAUCAUGAACAAGAUUUGGAUUCAGGAAGGUCUGGACAUGCGUAUGAUAUUCUUCAAGUGCACCUCAACAGGAUGGGGGCGAGGAAUGGUAGAGAUGAUUCCGAAUGCAGAGACCUUGAGGAAAAUCCAAGUGGAGCACGGGGUAACAGGGUCUUUCAAAGACCAUCCACUCGCAGAAUGGUUACAGAAGCAUAACCCAAAUGAGGACGAAUAUGAAAAGGCUGUGGAAAAUUUCAUUUAUUCUUGUGCAGGCUGCUGUGUUGCUACCUAUGUCCUGGGCAUAUGUGACAGACAUAAUGACAAUAUUAUGCUGAAGACCAGUGGCCAUAUGUUCCAUAUUGAUUUUGGAAAAUUCCUUGGUCAUGCUCAAAUGCUAGGCAAUUUUAAGAGAGAUCGAGCUCCAUUUGUCUUUACUUCUGACAUGGCAUAUGUUAUUAACGGAGGUGACAAACCCUCCAGCAGGUUCCAUGACUUCGUCGACCUGUGCUGUCAAGCUUACAAUCUCAUUCGCAAGCACACAGAUCUUUUCCUCAAUCUUCUGGGACUGAUGCUAUCCUGUGGAAUUCCAGAGCUGUCUGAUGUCCAAGACUUGAGAUAUGUUUAUGAUGCUCUUCGACCUCAGGAGACAGAUACCCACGCUACCACUUACUUCACAAGGCUAAUUGAAUCCAGUCUGGGCAGUGUGGCAACCAAACUCAACUUCUUCCUUCACAAUUUGGCCCAAAUGAAGUUUUCUGGUAUCGAUGACCAUCCAACACUCUCGUAUGCUCCUAAAACAUACACAAUAAAGACUGAUGGGAAAAUCAAGGAAGUGUUUGUGUGUCGUCAUCAGAAAAUAUUCAACCCUAAUAAAGGAUAUGCUUAUGUUGUGAAAGUUGAACGGGAGGGACAGCAUGAUGCUGCGUUCAUACUGAGGACCUUUGAAGAAUUUAAUGAGCUGCACAAUAAGCUCCGGCUACUUUUCCCCUCAUCCAAAUUGCCAAGCUUCCCAAGCAGAUUUGUGCUUGGCCGAGGAGAGGCGAUGGCUGAGAGGCGCAAAGAGGAGCUAGAUAGCUAUAUCUGGCACUUAAUCCAUUCCCCUCCUGAGGUGGCUGAGUGUGACCUGGUCUACACUUUCUUCCAUCCACUUCCGAAGGAUGACAAGUCCUUGGCUGGAAAUACAGCUCCAAAACCAACAGAUGUCCCUCCAACACCACCAAUGGGGAAGGUUGGUGGUGAAGUGAAGCUGUCCAUCUCUUACAAGAAUGAUAAGCUUUUUAUCAUGGUGAUGCACAUUCGAGGCUUGGUUUUGCAGGAUGGGACUGAUCCAGAUCCUUAUGUCAAAAUUUAUUUACUGCCUGAUCCUCAGAAAACAAGCAAGCGAAAGACUAAAGUCGCUCGAAAGACUUGUAACCCAACAUACAAUGAAAUGUUGGUGUAUGAUGGUAUUCCCAAAGGAGAUGUUCAGCAGCGUGUUAUUCACUUGCGUGUGCUGAGUGAGGAAGCGUUCCGGGAAAACAUUAUGCUCGGCGAGGUGUACAUUAACCUCAAGGACUUCAACCUGAACCAGAAAAUAGUUGGCUGGUAUCACCUGGGAUCAACAACUCCGCAAGGCACUUUGUUCUAAGUAUUUAGUGAUGUCACUAAAGGCGCUCUGUUGGACCUCAAGUGAGGUGCGGGUUUGGGUGUGGGAGGGUUAGGGCAAGAACAAAUAACAAGGAAUAACCAAUUGUGUUUCCUUUGUUUUGUGUUUAUUUGAGAACUGACUUGAUGAGGAGGUUAAGCUAUUCAAACAUUGUUUUUGAGCCUCUUCAUUCUGGAAUGUGUUGAAAAGACAUUACCCUCAAACUCGAGGAUUACUGGGCAUGAUGUUGCAUGUGUCAUGAGCUGCAAACAAUUUGCUCCUAAGUUGUGUAUUAUUACACGAUGAAAAUGAAGGUAAAUAUUUGAACUGUUUAUAUGCUUUUUAAACUGUGGUGUGGGCGACCAUGUCGUAAUGAAGGACUGACUCCCAAGUUUUUUUUUGCACUAAACGCAAGCAACAAGAGGAACGAGGAAUGCUCCAGGAAUUUAUCAAAGUCCACAAGUAGGACUGUAGCACAACGGUGAGGAGUGUCAGCAUCCAGACCACAAUGAGCUCUCAUUCAAGUAUUCUCAGUACCCCACGUGUGCCUCAUGUUCCCAUCUGGGAAGUAUGUCAUUCAUACCUUGGUGGCUUUUGGGUGUGAAUGAAGCCAUGUGAUGCUAGAGAAGUGAUGUGUAGCAAAACUUCUCAAAUUGUUUAGGAACAUAUGAGCAGAGUAGACCGUUUAGCCUCUCAAAUCUUGUUCCACCUAAAUGAUUUCCAGCCACACGCAGCUUAUUAGGGUAACAAUUGGUCUUUGAUGCUGAGUGUUAAAUAGUUUUGUAGACUACUGUCUGAUAUUAAGCUCCAUUUAAGGCAAUGGAAUGGACCAUCAGGUGGGCUGUAUAAUGAGCAACCUGGGUGAUGUCAUGCAAAAUGCAUUUUUACCACAGUUUCUCUGAUCUUUGUACUGGGGUAAGGGUUGGAAGUGGAAGAAGCAACCUUCCAUCAGGGCACGGUCAUGUUGGGUCCAGCACUAAUCUUGUUAAUGCUGAAACUGUCAUUAUCUUAACAACCAUCAGAUUAUUUGCAAGAGCUUGUACAGUUUGUGCUGCAAAUAAUCCAGCUCAGGAAGUCAGUAUGUUUCUUGCAUUAAAAUGUUGAUGCUGUGUCACCUGAUUUGUCAGAUCGUCAAACAGCUGAGGCACCAGAAAGAUCGAAAAGGUCCCAAGUUCAAUCUAUGCUCAAUGUUGAGUUUGUUGGUUUCAGCUGGGGCAACAACUGAGGCUGCAUAAUGACUUGGGCAGCCCUGGGCUCGACAUGGGGAGGGAUGGGCGUUCAACAUGGUUUAAAGUCUAACUGAUCUUGAGUCAAUGAUCUUUCGGCAAAGGAAAGUCAUGUGAACACUGGAGAAAGUAAGGUUGGUUUUUACUGCUACACCCAUGAUCAAAACCCUGCCAAUGCUCACUACUUGUAUAUGAGUGCCCACAUUCAUUGUCCAGAUUUGUAUAAUUCGCAGAGGUGAAGCACUGAAAACUGAGCAACCAUGCACUCUUUCUCUCUGAUCACUAAUAGAUUUUUUUUUGGAUUAUAUCAGGUCACUGUCACGAUUGAAAAAUUAAAAUGGAUUUUAUUGUUAUCACA